AUGCGUCACUGUGCACCAGUUGAUCUGGCUCUAGCACCAGUUGAUCUGGUUCUAGCACCAGCUGAUCUGGUUCUAGCACCAGUUGAUCUGGCUCUAGCACCAGUUGAUCUGGUUCUAGCACCAGCUGAUCUGGUUCUAGCACCAGCUGAUCUGGUUCUAGCACCAGUCGAUCUGGUUCUAGCACCAGUCGAUCUGGUUCUAGCACCAGUCGAUCUGGCUCUAGCACCAGUCGAUCUGGUUCUAGCACCAGUCGAUCUGGUUCUAGCACCAGCUGAUCUGGCUCUAGCACCAGUCGAUCUGGUUCUAGCACCAGUCGAUCUGGUUCUAGCACCAGUUGAUCUGGUUCUAGCACCAGUUGAUCUGGUUCUAGCACCAGUUGAUCUGGCUCUAGCACCAGUCGAUCUGGCUCUAGCACCAGUCGAUCUGGCUCUAGCACCAGUCGAUCUGGCUCUAGCACCAGUCGAUCUGGUUCUAGCACCAGUCGAUCUGGCUCUAGCACCAGUCGAUCUGGUUCUAGCACCAGUCGAUCUGGUUCUAGCACCAGUCGAUCUGGCUCUAGCACCAGUCGAUCUGGCUCUAGCACCAGUCGAUCUGGCUCUAGCACCAGUUGAUCUGGCUCUAGCACCAGUUGAUCUGGUUCUAGCACCAGUUGAUCUGGCUCUAGCACCAGUUGAUCUGGCUCUAGCACCAGUUGAUCUGGUUCUAGCACCAGUUGAUCUGGCUCUAGCACCAGUUGAUCUGGCUCUAGCACCAGUUGAUCUGGCUCUAGCACCAGUUGAUCUGGUUCUAGCACCAGUUGAUCUGGCUCUAGCACCAGUUGAUCUGGUUCUAGCACCAGUUGAUCUGGCUCUAGCACCAGUUGAUCUGGUUCUAGCACCAGUUGAUCUGGCUCUAGCACCAGUUGAUCUGGCUCUAGCACCAGUUGAUCUGGUUCUAGCACCAGUUGAUCUGGUUCUAGCACCAGUUGAUCUGGCUCUAGCACCAGUUGAUCUGGCUCUAGCACCAGUUGAUCUGGUUCUAGCACCAGUUGAUCUGGCUCUAGCACCAGUUGAUCUGGUUCUAGCACCAGUUGAUCUGGUUCUAGCACCAGUUGAUCUGGCUCUAGCACCAGUUGAUCUGGUUCUAGCACCAGUUGAUCUGGUUCUAGCACCAGUUGAUCUGGUUCUAGCACCAGUUGAUCUGGCUCUAGCACCAGUUGAUCUGGCUCUAGCACCAGUUGAUCUGGUUCUAGCACCAGUUGAUCUGGUCCUUCAGGAGAACCAAUGUUUUUAUUAUAUUUCUCCAGCAAUUAUCAAAAGUUCCCAGUAAAUCUCACCUCACCAGUCAGACCAGUAACAAACCAUCAAAUUAACAAAGACAGGAUUCAGGUUAAAAAGAAAGUAAAGCCACCUGUAGGGAGAUGAGAGCACAGACCUCUGGGUAAUUAUGUUUUAUGCUUUUAUGAUCAUAUUUUAAAUUAAAACAAUUAUGAUAAACCAAAAACUAAAGUUUCAGUUAGAUUUUUAUUUUGAUAAAUUUUGAAAUCCUGCAUAAUCGUGACUGCUCUCCUCAAUGUAACUACAGGUCAAACCUUUGUUGGAUUCAGUCUGACUAUAAAAGCUAAAGAUUAGGCUCUUUUUAGCGAGCGGAACCAAAUGAUCUGGGUCCUGAGAAGAUGCCGAACCAUCUCCCAUUAAAACAUAUCAUUAUACCUGAGCUUCUUCAACUCAGCAUGUCUGCAGUGAAACUGCUCUGUUAUUUCCUCUGGAGUUGAUUUGAGUGUAGAAAAUGACAUAAAAUUGUAAGUUGUGCUGUUCUCUCAUGUCGUCCAUGACAGAGUUGAGCUACUUGCAGAAAACUGCAGCAGUGUCACAUAAACAGACUCUGUGUCCUGGUUUGAGUCCUGGUGGAAUGUGAUGUUACAGUUUUAUAACUGAAUAAACUUUGAUAAAAAAAGUAUCAAUGUAUACUACAUCAACUGUUGUUUUCUGCUCCGAUUACAGCAGAGAGAGAUCCGUAAACUAAUCUGAAAGCUGCAUGGUUAAUAAGUUGGAUAAAUUUGGUGUGUGGUUUGGGACUGAAAGGAUUUGUGAUCAAAAGCUCAGCCCACAUUAAUCAGAUAAAUUAUUGAUACUGUUUUCUGAGAAAUAUGAGCUGAGGUUUUGUUUAGAAAAGCUGAAGCUCAGAAGGCAGUGGCCUCCCAAAAACAUCCAACUUGGUGCUCUCAAAGGUCUCUUUACUGAAGCUGGAAGAGUUAAGCACAAGAAGAGUUGAGAUGAUCCAUAAAAGAGAAACGGUAACACGGAGAAACAUGCAAAGAUAAUGCUUAGAAAAUUCAACAAAAGUAAUUUAACAAGCAGAUAAAUAAAGAGGAGAGGUGCUGCUGCUGUGCUACAUUUAGGUUUAAUGAAUGUUUUGCAAUAAAUAUAAUGUAAAAUCUG